GCCGGCGAACGAAACGGGCCGUCCACCAGUACGCGGCUCGUGUGCACGAGGUAAACACGCCGAUCACGGAGAGAUCGACAAUCGGAAUGGAGUGACGUGUGAGAAGUGAGGUCGGCCGAUUUCGUCUUCAGAUUCUAGAUUGUCAGGGGCAGCAGCAUGUACGGUUUUGUGAAUUAUGCCCUCGAGCUUCUGGUUGUGAAGAACUUUGGUAACGAGACGUGGGAAACGAUAAAGAGAGAUGCAGCAGUUAAUAUGGAAGGACAAUUUCUGGUGCGACAGAUCUACGAAGAUGAGAUUACGUAUAAUAUAAUAUCUGCUGCCGUCAAUAAGCUUAAUAUUCCAGCCGACAAAAUACUUGAAUUAUUUGGUCGAAUGUUCUUCGAGUUCUGCCAAGAUUCCGGUUAUGACAAGAUUCUUCAGGUUCUUGGAGCAACACCUAGAGAUUUUUUGCAGAAUUUGGAUGCGCUUCAUGAUCAUUUGGGUACGUUAUAUCCAGGCAUGAGGGCACCAUCAUUUAGAUGUACAGAGAGACCCGAGGAUGGUGCGCUUAUAUUGCAUUAUUAUUCGGAUCGACCUGGUUUGGAACACAUCGUUAUUGGAAUUGUUAAGACCGUUGCGAAAAAACUCCACGGCACGGAUGUUGACAUGCAGAUAGUGAAAACUAAAAGCGAAUGCGAUCAUGUGCAAUUCCUCAUAACCGACACAUCAGGACCAGGAGUCGUAUCAAAUCCUAUGAUCGCUGAAUUGGAAACAUUGUCUGUCGAGCCAAAGGUCAGCCCAACGACGUUCUGUCGAGUUUUUCCAUUUCAUCUAAUGUUUAAUCGAGACCUUAUAAUUGUUCAAACCGGAUGUACCAUAACACGAGUCAUACCGCGCGUCUCCAGCGGCCAUUGCAAACUAAACGACAUUCUCUUAACUGUCAGGCCACAUUUGGAAUUAACAUUUGAGAAUAUAUUGUCGCAUAUUAAUACUGUAUACGUGUUAAGGACGAAAAAGGGAGUUAUGCGUGUCGAUGCCGCCGAGGAGUAUUCGUCUUUACGUUUAAAGGGUCAAAUGCUGUAUAUACCUGAGACCGAUAUGGUUAUCUUCCUAUGUUACCCAAGUGUUAUGAAUCUGGACGACUUAACAAGGCGGGGUCUGUACUUGAGUGACGUCCCCCUUCACGACGCCACUCGAGAUCUGGUCCUGAUGUCGGAGCAAUUUGAGGCGGAUUACAAACUGACGCGCAACUUGGAAUUGCUAACCGAUAAACUGCAGCAAACGUAUCGCGAACUCGACGGCGAGAAGCAGAAGACCGACAGGUUGCUUUACUCGGUGCUUCCUAUUUCGGUGGCGAACGAGCUCAGGCAUUCACGACCGGUGCCGGCGAAAAAGUACGAUUGCGUUACCCUUCUGUUCUCCGGGAUAGUCGGCUUCGGAGCAUAUUGCGCCGCUCACACAGACUCCAAUGGCGCUAUGAAAAUCGUUAACAUGCUCAACGAGCUGUACACGGCUUUUGACGUGUUGACUGAUCCAAAAAAAAAUCCUAACGUUUAUAAGGUGGAGACCAUUGGUGAUAAAUAUAUGGCGGUGAGUGGAUUGCCGGAACCCUGUCGUUGUCAUGCACGAUGCAUCGCUCGUCUAGCAUUGGACAUGAUGGAUCUCGCUGCAGAUGAAGUGCAGAUCGAUGGGGAGCCCGUGAAAAUCACAAUUGGAAUACACAGUGGGGAAGUUGUUACGGGCGUAAUUGGUCAUCGUAUGCCUCGUUACUGUUUAUUCGGAAACACUGUAAAUCUUACGAGUCGAACGGAAACCACCGGUCAACCAGGAAAAAUCAAUGUUUCAGAAGAUGCUUAUAGAUAUCUCUGUAUGCCUGAAAAUCAAGACCCGCAGUUUCUUUUGGAAUACAGAGGUCCCGUCUCCAUGAAGGGAAAAUCCGAGCCUAUGAACGUGUGGUUCCUGUCCAGAGAGAGAGAGCUGACAUCGUAAAUCGUUACGACAAUGAAUUUUAUAGCAAUAAUUUCGAGAAAUCGGUUUGAAGAUUAAAAAAUGAAUAUACCGCGACGUAAUAAAAACCGUAUAUUUAUUUAAGGAAGAAGAUAGCGCUCUUUAAUAAUUAAGAUAGACAAUGAGUGUGUUUUGUUCAAAACACUUUCACGACCAUGUACCAUAUGUCCACGUUCUUAAACGUACUGUAAAAUCGAGCGUCGACACUCCGUCUUCCGCUCAAUAAGCUGUUCAGCAAAUCGUGAGUGUACAAGGCAAUCAAAUAUAAUCGUUAUUUAUUUGGCGA